AUGUGGACCUUCCUGGGGAGACCUGAGUGUAUUCUGUGUCUGUUUUCUGCCUUAUCCAUGAUGGCUCCAUCCAACCUUAGCCAGUUACCCAAGCUUAAUCAAACUCACCUGACCCCCUUGUUGCUGCGGAUUCGAAAGGUAGGUCUGAAAGUUGAGGGAUCACAGUUCACACUGGAAGGUUCCCCAUUCCGGAUCCUAUCUGGCACUAUGGACUACUUCCGGAUACCGAGGCAGAACUGGAGGCUCAGCUUGAGAAAGAUGAAAGCUUGUGGCUUCAACACCCUUACCACGCAUGUUCCUUGGAACCUCCACGAGCCAUCAGUGGGCCAGUUUCAGUUCACUGAAAACUUGGACCUCAUAGCUUUUGUCACCAUGGCUUCAGACGAGGGGCUCUGGGUCAUUCUGUGUCCAGGUCCCUACAUUGGCAGUGACCUGGACCUUGGAGGCUUACCCAGCUGGUUACUCAAGGAUCCCAAAAUGAAGCUGCGGACAACUUACAAGGGAUUCACCAGAGCGAUGAAUGAGUAUUUCAAUCAUCUGGUUCCCAAGAUAGCAAUGUUCCAGUAUACAAAAGGAGGCCCUAUCAUUGCUGUGCAAAUUGAGAAUGAAUAUGGCUCCUACAAUAUGGAUAAGAAGUAUAUGGCAUAUGUCAAAACGGCUUUGGUGUCAAGAGGGAUCCGUGAGCUGCUCAUGACUGCAGACGAUGGCCUGAAUCUGAGAAAGGGCCACUUGAAAAAUGUGCUGGCCACUGUCCACAUGAAGAAUAUAAAGAAAGAAACAUAUGAAGAACUCCAAUCCAUUCAAGUAAAGGCCUUUCAGACAUGA